CAGUGCCCUUGGUCUCACGCUCCGACGAAGCGCUCGUGAAAGCAGACGCGCACCGCUGCAGGAAAGGUGGCGCGAGUAUCUAGGGGUUAAUGAGUUCAAGAGGCUGUCCCUGAGUUCCGUUCACGAUGGGGGAGGAUAACAGUGAUUGGCUGAAUGUCAACGCAAUGCACUUUUUCAUUUCGCUGACGAUGAUAAUGGCUUUCGUUUUGCUGCUCGAGUCCCUCGUGACGAUCGCCGUGAUUGUGAGGAACCACGUGCUGAGGGACAUGAACUGCGCCCAGUUCAUCAGCAACAUGGCCGUGUGUAGCGUCUGCAUCGCGGUCCUCCUCUUCACGUGGAUGGUCGUCAAGCUAACCACCAGCGGGAAGUACAGCUGGUGGAGGUGCCUAGUGUUCAAGAUCUCCGUCCGCUUCUUGCACACGGUGACUGUGCUCAACCUGUGCUGCCUCUCCCUUGACCGCUACCUCUACAUCUGCUGGCCGCUGCACUACCACCAGCUGCUCACGCCCCGCCGCUGCAACCUGCUCGUGGCAGCCUGCUGGCUUGCGGCGGCCGGCCUGCUCGUCCUGCCCGGCCUCCCCACCUUCGACGUCUGUCCGAAGCGCGGCAACAAGUUCAGGGUGAGUGAGGCGGUCAUGAUCAGCUACAUCAGCUCGUACGGCGUCUCGGUGGUGGUGGUGGUGGUCUUCUACCUGCUCGUGGCCAGGGAGGUGUCCGUGGCCCUGGUGGGCGUGCGGGCGGACCAGGAACGAGCCCGGAGGAGGACCAGGCAGAGCAUCUUCACUGUCGUCUUCAUCCAGCUGGUGCUCUCCGCGCCCGAUAUGGUGAUCCAGCUGGUGAGCCUCCAGGACAGCGACCACACAGUGCGGGCGGCCUCCUUGUCUCCCAUCCUGCUGCUGUUCGUCCAACUGCUCUUCCUCCCCGUCUACGCGUGGAAGAACACCCUCUACCGCGCGGCCAUUGUCCAGCUCUUCUCUCCCGCCGUGCGCUCCGUCUCCUGCAACGUCAGGAGGGCUUGCAGUUGGAGCAGUAGCAGGAGUACAGCGAAUUCUUUAGCAAACGCUUCCCAGGAAAUCGUAAUUGGAAAUAAUCAGGACCAAGAAGUGUAGAGAUAACGUCUCUUCAAGCAAGGCUAAGACCCUACCGAACAUUUUCAGGAUUUCAAUAUCUAUAGAUUCUAGGAUAACGUGAUUCUUGAGUUAUUUUUUUAUCCAGAUACCAAAGAAGAAUAUUAUACAAGAAGGCUAUUUGUCAGUAAGAACGAAGACCUGAUAAUAAGCGGAAGUAAUGAAUUACACCUUAUAUUGAAAACGUAAUAUGAUAAAUAUUUGUUAAGGAGAAAAAUAUAUACACGCACACACACGCGCACACACACACACACACACACACACACACACACACACAAACACACACACACACACACACACAGGUAUACGUGCAUAAGUGUAUCUCCCUACAAGUACGGUAUAUGUAUGCUAAACAAACGCCCACGAACCUUGAUCUCAAAGCCCCCAGCGUAAUGAAUAACCUUGUCGCUCAGCAGGGGAAGAAGGGGGGAGCCUCAGGAAAGCAAAGGGAAAAGGAGAGAUACUCAGGUGCUCCUCAAUUUAGCAAGGAAGGGCGGAAGGAAUGUUGAUAAGGAAGGGCAGUUCUUUCGCCCACCUGACAUGUUCAAGGAGCUGCCUUUGAUGAGAAAAUGUCUUACGUAUUCGCCAAACGGAACGCUUUGUGCUAUCUUUGUGUGUGUAUAUAUAUUUUUUUGUGUGUGUGAUUCUCUCUUUCUUUUUUUUCUCUUUUCGAUUUUUUUUUUCGCUUUCAUCCACUCUCUCUGUCUUUCUUUCUCUUUUCGAUUUUUUCUUUUUCGUUUUCUUUCAUCCUCUCUCCCUUUCUCUCUCUCUCUCUCUCUCUCUCUCUCUCUCUCUCUCUCUCUCUCUCUCUCUCUCUCUCUCUCUCUCUUUU